AUGUCGUCCAUGUCUGACUCCGGGGCCAAGAGCCCGAUCCCGGAGCUCCUCAUCGACCAGCUCAACAGCUAUGGCUCGACCGACCCGCAAAAGGUCGGCAUCACUGCCGGUACCUUCGGCGCGCUCGGCGUCUUUACCCUCUUCAUGUUCCAGAUCCUGCGGCCCAACAACAAGAUUGUCUAUGCGCCGAGGUUCAAGUACGCUGACGAGGGCAAGGCGCCGCCCAAGGUCGACGAGGGCUUCUUUUCCUGGGUCAAGCCCGUGAUGCGCUACAAGGAGCACGACCUGCUGCCGCUCAUCGGCCUCGACGGCGUCACCUUUCUCCGCUUCAUCCGGAUGAUGCGGUGGAUGCUCUCGACCCUGGCCGUCGUGCUCAGCGUCGUCCUGAUGCCGCUCGACGUUAUCUACAACAUCAACCACCCGACUCGGUGGCGGCCCUCGAACCGCUUCUACUGGAUCAACAUGUCCAACGUCCACGGAUCCUACCUCUGGGGCCACGUGGCGAUGAGCUACAUCGGCACCGGCAUCGCCCUCGCCUUUGUCUGGUACCACUACCGCGAGAUGGUCCGGCUCCGCUGGACCUACUUCCGGUCGGAAGAGUACCAGACGGCUUUCUACGCCCGCACCCUAAUGAUCACCGACGUGCCCAAGAAGCUGCAGAGCGACCCGGCCCUCUCGACGAUGCUGUCGCAGAUCAAGAUGCCCUACCCGACCACCGAGGUCCACAUCGGCCGCCGAGUGGGUCGCCUGCCGGAGCUCAUCGAGAAGCACAACGACCUGGUCCGCGAGCUCGAGCACGUCCUCGCCCGCUACCUCAAAAACCCGGACCGGCUGCCCGCCAAGCGGCCCACGGUGCGCAUCGGCGGCUUCAUGGGCUGCGGCGGCAACAGGGUCGACGCCAUCGACUACUACACUGAGCAGAUCAACCGGGUCGAGGCUGCCGUCCAGCACCAGCGCGAGACGAUCCAGGAAAAGAAGCCCGAGAUGUACGGCUUCGCCUCGCUGGCCGCCGUGCCCUACGCCCACAUGGCCGCCAAGUCGCUGCAGAGGAAGAAGCCGGGGGGCAUGCGGAUCGCUUUGGCGCCGCCGCCAUCGGGCAUCAUCUGGAGGAACCUCACCCUCUCCUCGGCGGCGCGCACCAAGUCCAGCUUCUUCGGCUUCCUGCUGCUGCUCGGCCUCUUCUUCCUCAACACCAUCCCCCUCAUCAUCGUCUCGCUGAUCUCCAACAUGACGGCGCUCAGCAGGAUCAGCUGGCUCCGCUGGCUCAACUCGUGGAAGGACGCCAGCAGCUGGAGCUUUGACGCCGUCUCGGGCCUGGGUGCCCCCGUCAUCAUGGGUGCGAUGGGCUACCUCCUGCCCCUCUUCCUCCGCCGCAUCGCAAAGUACCGCGGCGUCCAGACCCGCUUCCAGCUCGACCGCAUCCUGAUCGGCCAGCUGUUUGGCUUCCUGGUCAUCUCGCAGUUCAUCUUUUUCUCGCUGAUCGGAGUCAUCCUCUCGAUCGUCAGUGGCCUGAUCGUCUCGAUCAAGGAAAAGAUGUCGGCCGGCGACAUCCUCAGCUCGCUCGGGUCCCAGCUGGCCGACUCGAUCAAGACGCAGUACGUCAACCAGUCGACCUACUGGCUCACGUGGCUCCCUCUGCGAGGCUACCUGGCCGUCUUUGACCUCGCCCAGGUCAUCAAGCUGCUGCUCGUCUGGGUCCAGAAGGGCCUCUUCGGACGCACCCCGCGCGACGUCCGCGAGUACACCAAGCCGCCCGUGUUUGACUACUGGAUCUACUACUCCAACUUCCUCUUCAUGACGGCCGUCGCCAUGCUCUACGCCCCGCUGGCGCCGCUCAUCGUCAUCUACGCCGCGGCCAUCUUCUGGCUCAACUCGUUCAUCUACAAGUACCAGCUCAUGUACGUGUUUGUCACCAAGCACGAGACCGGCGGCAUGCUCUGGCGGCCCACCAUCAACCGGCUGCUGGUCUGCAUCGGCUUCAUGCAGGUCAUCCUCAUGCUCUGCCUCGCCCUCGACGACCGCCAGUACGUCCAGGCGGUGGCCGCCGCGCCGCCCUUUAUCGUCCUGAUCGCCUUCAAGGUCUACUGCAGGCGCACCUUUGACCCCAAGUUCGACUGGUACAUCCCAUCCGAGGCCGAGUUUGCCACCGCCACGACCCACGCCGGCGACGCACGCCACAACCGCCUGCAGAGGCGCUUCGGCCACCCCACGCUCUCGUCGAAGCUCUUCACGCCCAUGGUCCACGCCAAGGUCAAGCAUCUUCUGCCCCAGGUCUACCGCGGCAAGAUCGACACGGGCGUCUCCAACGUCGAUGGACGCCGCGUCGAGACCGGAGAGGUGGCCGGCGGUCUCAAGAUUGCCGCCAUCGAGGAGGAUCAGCUCGAGUACGACCCGCACAAGGACUCCGACGUCCGCUCCAUCAUGUCCGGAACGACCAUGGGCGGCUUCGCCGGCAACAAGGGCGUCGGCACUCCGGGGUCGGUGGCGCCGUCGGGCGACUACUUCAAGUCGCAGUACGCAAACUACAUCACCGGCGGAGCUGCGGCGCCGCGCGAGGAGAUCGAGAUGAACAGUGUCAUGGCUCGAGACAGCCGCGACAACCUGCUGGAAAAGUACAGCGACUCGCACGAGGGCACCCUCACCGGAGGCCAGCCAGACUUCAAGUCGGGCGCCUACGGCAUGCAGCGCACCGCCACCAACGGCAGCGUGUACCCGGACACUCCCAACCUCGACAUGACGGCGCCGCCGCAGCAGGCGGGCUACGUCGACCCCUACGCCAACGCUGCCACGCCCGGCUCCUACCUGCCACCCUUCACCCACCACCAGGGCACCGGCAGCCAGUCGAGCCUGGGCUCGUACGGCAACAUGCUCUACGGCAGCGGCGCCGCCGGACAGCGGUCGCAGGCCUCGCCUCCCCAGUACGGCCGGCCCGAGCCGCCCACCAGGACCAACUCGAACUUCUCCUCGUCGUCGGCGCAGAUGCUGGCGCGCGCGCAGCAGCCGUCGCCCGGUCCGCAGCAGGCCUACCCGAUGGCGGGCGCUUACACGACGUCGCCGCAGCAGCAGGCGCAGCACUAUUACGGAGCCGGCUACCCGCAGCAGCCACAGCAACAUCCCGGUCCCCGACGACAGGCGACGGGCGACUACAUGGCUGGCCAGCCCUACCCUGGGCAGGCGCCGCCGUCGACUCAACAGCAGCAGCAGCACGCGCAACAAGGCAGCGGGCAGAGCUACUACUCGUCGCCCUCUGGCCACGGCGGCCAGCCGGGUAGCGGACACGGAUACGGAUACGGUUAUGGUCAAGGUCAAGGUCAGGGUGGAUACAGGCCCUAG